AUGUUCAAUGGCCGUCAUAAAGUCGCCUAUGGCACUCACGUGCCUGCGUCUUUCCGCAAAAUCCUAAAAUUCUAUACCACUUGCUGCCACACUGAAUUGACUGUUAGUCAAGCUUUACACUGGGAGAGGACCAAAACGCGACCAGUAUCCUGCUGUAAUGACUUCAGUGACUGGUCUGAGCUGGCGCCUGUUCAAGAGGUUGCUCGUCAAUCGUCGUUCCCCCGGCCAACGAUCGGUAGUAACAGCAUCUCUAAUCUCCAACCACACACGAUAGGUGGAACUCUCAGGGGAAACAAUGUGGCCCGAGUCUCCAGAACCACCUCGCGUCACCUGCACGUUACUUCGAGACAGUUACUCGUGGUCUCCUCUUCUCGACAUGCUCCGCCGAAACCGAGGCAGAGAGUCAUCCCACCUCCCGCCGCUCCUAUCGCCGUGUCCAAAACUCACAGCGGUCUCAGCAAACCGGCCGACCAUGAUCGCUUUGAAAUCACUCCGAGCCUGCUCAAUCCAAGAGAAGCAAGCCAGAAACUAUUAGAAGAAAGGGAGGCCAAGUUGGCUGCAAAAUUAAGACUUGAGGAAGCGGAACGAAAGAUUAAACUGGCUGCGAAGUUGAAAAGAGAGGCGGAGGAGCAUGUUGCAGAACUGAGACGAAGAGAGCAAGAACGGAUCGAACGGUCGAAACUCCUCGCGGCACACUCCAACUAUAUGCAGCGUCUGCAGGCAAUUGACAAACGUCUCGACCGUUUCCCCACCAAGGAAGUCUUCGAGCGUGAGCUGAAGUCGGCACGAAUCAGAGCGAAGUUCGACAAGAUCAGGGCUCGACGUUUGCGUAUGGAAGCUGUCCUUUUAUCGACCAAAACCCCCAGAAGCAUUCGGAAGGCUCGUGAUCGUCUGCAAAACAUUAAUUCAUCCGUCGAAGCAGUCCAAGGUGACCUUCGCUUAUGGCGCAAAGAGAUGACCAAAGACCGUCAAAACAUUCUUUCUGUUGCGAACGAUCUCGAAGCAAAGUACACGGACUUCAGAGGUUCGACCUCGCAAAAGGGCAGAAUAUUCUCGCAAGAUGCCUGCGCCAAUUUCAAUCAACUAAUCGAGAUGACGGGAUUGAGUGGUAUAUCCCAAAUCAACAAGGAGCUGUUCGGACACGGUAUAUCCACUUCACAAUCAAAAGCUUUAUUCAAGCAACCUCUUGCGAGCACCCAUAGCCAUACCCCUGAGGGAAGGGUACGAAGAGUCUUGCUUGAUCUCAUCUUUUGGUCACUAAAUGCACAGAGAGUACUCGAUGAUAUCGGUGUAUCUCUGCACCUCUACAGACGAUUGCGUACCGAGGGGCUUCUAUGUAGAGCUUUUCCAGAACUUUUCGCUCAGGAUUACGCGAAAGCAGUCAUGUAUCCUACGUUCCAGAGCAUUGCUUCUAUCAACAUGGCUGCUAGGAUGUAUUUUAGGAGCUCGCAACGAUUAUUCCCCUAUCUUCUCUCUUCAAGAAUGAAGCUGUACAACGCCUUUCCGUCGGUGUAUCUACCCCUCCAAUUAGUGUUCGAUACGAAAAUGAUACGCAAGGAAUUCGAAACUCUACAAGGAUCUUUAUCAAUCUAUCACCCGGCGGGAGAUCUUCCACUUCAGCACGCUCAAAUCCACGAUUUUCGCCCCUUCUAUGACAUGCUCUUGGAUUUGGAUCAGAUAUCAGAAGACCUCAGCCAGUUAGAGGAAUUCGAAUAUGACAUAGAAUACCUUUUUCCCGCAAACACUGGGCGCCUGAAUCACGCUAAAUGGCAUGCCAUCUUGGUCGGUUGUUACCGUGAAACUCAUACCGCACUGGGGCUAGCAAGAUUGUGGCGGGGUAUCGCCAAUAUGACACUGGGAAUUGCCAACAGACCCGCCGCAAGGCAUCGUGCUCCUUUGGAAGAAGAAUCCUAUCGCCGAAGUAGUCAAAGUCUCGAUGUGCGGAGUAUACAACUGAAAUUGCAGAGCUCAUCCAGAGAACAAGGAACUACAGCCCCGACGUGGCUUACUUUACCGCCGUCACUUUAUACGCAACAGGCUCAAGUCCCAAUUCAUUAUCUAACAACGAGGGGGUCUGCUGGGUUUGUUCUCGAACAAUUCGCUGGCUCUAGUGUUCUUGGAGUCGACCUUGUUAUGAAGCCGCCUCCCAAGACUGGGCUUAAUGCAAUGAAAUCAAGAGUAAAUUUCCUACUGAUUGCAAGUGAGCGUGCUGUUGGCAUCUUCGAUAUGGACUGUCUGAAUUUUAUGGCCAGCCAUCUCUUGGAGGCAUCAAUUUUCCAGGGCGUUCUGGGAAACCAGGCAAUAAUGAAGGUUGGUGUGCACACCGAGUUAUUACGUCGGGUUUUGGCCGAUGAUCACAGCAUCGAGAUGAUCAAUGCUGUAGACUUGGCAUCAGAGCAGUUGUCGUCGAUUGCUAGCAUCGAUGAAGACCCCACCAUACAGACCCUUUCAAGUCUAACCUGGGAAACCUUUGGGCAAUCUUUACCGUAUUUACUCAUAUCGGACACAAUUCUGAAGCAAGCUGGAAAACGUGAUCCGAGCUUGUAUUUUGGGCAUCUGGCUUCCCGUCCUUAUGCCGCAUUGCAGCUGUUCAAGAGUACUCAAGGUCUUGGCGAUAACGAGACAUUGGCUGUCAAAGCAGCGGCGAGCCUCGGACCUGUUGUCGUCCAUUCUUUACCAGGCGAUCGUGUUCGCCGCAGUGGGCUUAUAACUAAACCAUCGCCAUCUUUGACCUCACCAUUGUCGGUAUACAUUUCAGAGCUUGUCGAGGGGGAGUCUGUACACAUUUUGCGUCGUAACAGUCAUCUUUCGAUUCGCCGCGAGAUCUAUGGGCUAGGGAAAUGGGGCUACCCGAUUCUGGCAGCAUAUAUCCGGCUGACUACAUUCAGCCGACCAAUUGAGGACGUUUAUACCUAUCUAUGGCCAACUUUACGACCAGAGGUUGAGACAACCAAAGAUUUACGAGGAUAUACCCUCGGAUUCGCUGGACAAAACCAUCGUAUUGUUUGCGCAUCAAUCCUUCUUACUUUUGCCAAUCAAGCGAAGCUUCCUUUGAAACUGCAACACGAGAACGAGCUUCGAGAACCUUUUCAACAAUCCUCGGCCAUAGCGCCAUCUCCUUCUGGGUUUUCGUGGCUGCACUGGGCCGAAGAAAUGUUACAGGAGAAGUUCAACAAAGGAAACCGCCUUGCUUAUCCUAUCAUAGAUGCUCAACCCUCGGUGACGCAGAGCUCAACAAUUAAGCCGAUUGGUAAAGCAACUGCCCGACGACUCCAACGACAGAAGACGACAGGCUCCAGUAGAGGAAGUCGACGAGGCCUGGAAAAUGCACAGCCAUCCAAUGAAAACAGCCCAGCUCGUUCAGUAGCCCAACAAGCCGUUGCGGGGUCAUCAACACCAACUGUCAAAACGAAAGGAGAAAUUUUCAAUCCCGAGAUUUUGGAUACUGGAGCAAGGACCUCCAAUCUGCAAGAUCAAGCAAGCUUUGUUACGGCGCCCAUCAAACCCUUCGUCGCAGCAAAUCUUACAGAAACUGUCAAGUUACGCUUCAUUCCCUCUGUUCCAGCAUACGCUCCACCCGAACCUCCUAAGCCUGGACAGGCGGACGACAAAAAAUUGAAAGACUAUGUAUCGCACAAGCGGAAGUCUAUACGUAAACCAGAGCGCAAAGUCGCACGCACCGAACGCGCACGCGCCAAAGCCGCACCCGAAACCGUCGUCAAGCCGACUGGCAUCGAGCUGAGCACGCCUGACUUAACAGAAUCCCUUGGUUUUGUUGACGCCUUUUUCACUUCAUUUGAAUCAGUCCAAGUCCGGCAAACCUCAAAGGCUGAGAUGGCUAUCGACAAGGACAACAAGCACAAGCCAUCGCCCAAGAAGCCGCCUGUCCUCGAGCCAAAGGACUCAAGUAAACGUCCCACUCAGCACACCGCACAGAAACUAACCGUCAGAUGUGUGGGUACGACUCAGCGCGCCAUACGGAGACUACCCUUGAGACGGAUGGGUUUAAAUCUCACUCGUGAGCCCAUCGUCAGACGAGUGAAUGGCGUGGCGAAUUUCACGGGAAACCAUGCCAUCCCAGCGGCUCAGAGGGGGAAUAUGCGCUCCAGCCAAGUCACUCAAGUCGAACAACAACAGUCGCUUCGGACCGAUGCUCCUUCUUCACAAUCUCCGCCUUGGGAAUGGAUGGUCUAA